CCCUCCCCUUCCUUAAGUCACACGCAGAUGCUCUCUAUCCGUUUCUCUAUCGUUUCAAAACAACCAAGAAUUUGCAGAGGAAAUCCAUCUCUUGCGGCGGGGGAGGACAAAGAUCGCUUUUUCACAAGAGUCCCGAUGAAGCUCAACAGGUUCUGCGUCGCCUUGGCGAUCGUGGCGGUGGUUCUGUGCGCGUCGAGCGAAGUGGGUCUGUGCAGAGAAGGCCAGAUCAUAAGGAUGAAGCCUGGAGGGGUUCACAACUGCAAGGGUAAUCAGAACAGCGCCCAGAUCGAAGGCCUUGCUCGUUUCGCUGUGGAGGAGCACAAUAAAAACGAGAAUGCGCUUCUCGAGUUUGCUCGGGUGUUGAAGGCCAAAGAGCAGGUAGUUGCCGGGACGAUGUACCAUCUCACUCUUGAGGCUGUUGAUGCUGGCAAGAAGAAGAUCUACGAGGCGAAAGUGUGGGUGAAGCCGUGGAUGGACUUCAAGAAGCUGCAGGAGUUCAAGUAUGCUCGGGAUGUGCCUGCCUUCGCGGCCGUUGGUCUCGGCAUUGAACGAGGUCACUGAGAGUUCUGCCAGAUCUCAGUUGCUUCUGAAGGUGAGGAGGGAAAGCAAGGAGAAAUACCAGACUUUAUCUAUAUCAAUGGGUGGAGUAGAUCCAUUCCAUGUUAAAAUAAUUAUGAGGUAUGUGUAAAAGAAUUUGUGGAUGCAUAUUAUGCAGAAGAGGUGCACUAUCUAGCUCUUUGACGUUUGAGACAUCACGUCGAGUUUGG